AUGGACCCGUUGCUGGCGACGAAGGACGAGCCGAUGAUGGAGCAGCACGACUUGGUGGUGUCGUCGAUUCCGCAGCUGCACACGAUGAUGCGAGCACCAGAAUACCUCAAGCACAACUCUUCAGCCAUCAUCUCCCCCUAUGGAGAACUGCCGAACAACGGAUGUCCACCCCCCAUUCAACUCAUCCCCCCGCCCGAACUCGUCCAAAACAAGACGGAAUCUGGGCGACGACGUGACAAGGACCCCAAGAAGCAGCGCCGCAACCGCACGACGUUCACUACCUUCCAGCUGCAUGAGCUGGAGCAGGCUUUUGAGAAGUGCCACUACCCGGACGUGUACGCGCGGGAGUCGCUGGCGAACAAGGUGAAGCUGCCGGAAGUGAGGGUGCAGGUGUGGUUCCAGAAUCGGAGGGCCAAAUGGCGACGCCAAGAGAAGAUGGAGACGUCUGGGGUCGCGGAACUGCCCCCGGUCCGCCCGGCAAACAUUCCAUCGUGGUCGUGGAUGCAUGCCUCCAACUCCUCGGCCACAACCACAGCUACGCCGGCGGUAUCGAUCGACUCGAACUCUGACUUCUCCGCCUUCCCGCAGUUCCAGUCGGAGAACAAGAGCCUCACCGCCACCACGACCACCGCUCCAUUUUUUGGGGACAUGAAGAGCCAAUUCUCUGUCUUCCCGUACUUGCCGACGCCGGGCUUCUCCACCCAAAGCGCUUUCCCGAACCCCUACAUGGAGGCGCCAACUGAGCUGGUGAACACCCAACUCGAGAUGAAGCUCGAGGGCUACGAU